GUGGAGUGUGUUGUAGUAGUGGCGGCGGCGGUGGCGGCCAUGACAGUGGCGGCGGAGUAAGUCUUUUCCCCAGUAGUAGUGACGGCGGUCGGUCGUUCUACUCGUCUACUCUCCCGUCAUGGCAACAAGUUGUGCACGCCCCUUAGUGGGUGUCCAUGCUGAUGGUGUGGUGUCCGGAGUGAGUGUGUCACUCCCAGCUGUAUUCCGUGCUCCCAUUAGGCCAGACGUGGUUAAUUUUGUCCAUGACCAAAUGGCCAAGAACACUCGGCAGCCAUAUGCCGUAAACAAGGAUGCAGGUCACCAGACAUCAGCUGAAUCAUGGGGCACUGGUCGCGCUGUUGCUCGUAUUCCUCGUGUGCGUGGCGGCGGCACUCAUCGUUCUGGACAGGGUGCCUUUGGCAACAUGUGCCGUGGAGGUCGGAUGUUUGCUCCAACAAAGACUUGGCGACGCUGGCACCGCAGGAUUGGUGUCAACCAGAAGCGUUAUGCCAUGUGUUCUGCCAUUGCUGCCACCUCGAGUCCAGCACUUGUCAUGUCUAAAGGUCACAUGAUUCAGGAGGUCCCAGAGAUGCCGUUAGUAGUGUCUGACAAAGUACAAGAGAUGACAAAGACUAAAGAAGCUGUCCUGAUGUUGAAGAAACAUCGUGCAUGGACUGACAUUCUGAAGGUAUACAAGAGCAAGAGGUUCCGUGCUGGUAAGGGUAAGAUGCGUAACAGGCGUCGCAUCCAGCGGACUGGGCCACUUGUCAUAUACAACAAAGAUCAAGGAUUGACUCGGGCCUUCCGUAACAUUCCUGGUGUUGACACCAUCUGUGUUGAAAAGCUUAACCUGUUGAAGCUUGCACCUGGUGGCCAUGUUGGCAGAUUCUGCAUUUGGACUGAAUCUGCAUUCCGCAAGUUGGACUCGCUCUAUGGAACAUGGCGUAAAGAAUCGAGGAGGAAGAAGAAUUAUAACCUUCCAAUGCCCAAGAUGACAAACACUGAUUUGGCUCGUAUUCUAAAGUCUGAAGAAAUUCAGUCUGCUAUCCGGCCUCCUAACAAAAUUGUUACCCGUCGCAAGAUCAAGAAGAACCCACUGUCCAACCGCCAUGCUCUUCUUCAUCUUAAUCCAUUUGCUAGAGUUGAAAAGAAGGCAGCAACUAUUGAGCAAAAGAAGCGCAUUGAGGCAAAGGCUGCCCUGGAAGCGAAGAGAAGUGCAGCCAAGAAAUAACUUGCACUGCAGCUUGGAGUCUUCCUGUGCAGUUAUCUUAAUAAAGAGUUCAAGAA